ACCAUGUAUUCUAUGGGGAAUUCAUAUGUUUACCUGUUUCCUUCAACUCCUUAUUGGGUAAAAAUGUAUAAAAAACGUUAUGCCACUAGGGGGAUUAGACACUCCCUGGAAUAAUAGUCGAUGCAGGGGUAACCCCUCCUUCCCUUUAAGCGCCCAAUCUACUCUAGCCAUUCCCCAGCCACCUCAAGGCCUCGCCUCCUUUUCUCACGUGAACACGAGGGAAUCUUGCGACAAAGGUCACAGACACCUUACUUUCACCUUCAUCUUCACCUUCACUUCACCUUACGAACCACCCAGUAUCCGUUCACGAAUUAGACUAUAACGCCGCAUCGACUCAUCCCUUCCGGGAGUAUCUUUCCAACACAAAUCCUAAACACCUUCUCCAACGCUAUCCUCCCGGGCGCAUUCCACGAUAACCUGCUUGGCCGACCACUUUGUUCGUGUUUCUCUUUCUCCAGCGUUCUCUUUCGGAAAUGGCUUUUCUGCGCGAUGUCUCAACCCGGUUCUGGGAGUAUGUAAGCCCGCGCAAGACGCAGCAGCGACGCGACAAGGACUUCAAAGCGAAAGUCUCCCCCUUGCCGCAAACCGCGCGAAAGCAGACUGAGCGGUACGCGCAAUGGGGUUCCCCGAAAAUCAAGCAGGAGCGCGCCAUUCUGGAGACCCCAAUUCAUGAUAGUUCUAUGAAACCGGUAAACCUACCUCCUUCUCCUCCACACUCUCUGGAUCGACGGUCCUAUAGCGACCUGGAGGGUGAUACGCUUUUGGAUAAUUGCGCUGGGUCUCCAAAAUCUUACAAAGAGGAAGAUGGCUGGGAUGCGAAUGAAGAUACCUUUGUUGUCGACGAUGAUCGUUACGUACCGGAAGAAACAAAGGAUACCGAAGAAGAGCGUUUGAGGAGGGACGAACAAGGCCAGCACCUUCGCAGCGCAGGCUGGACUGAGGAUGCCAUCUUUCUGUUCCAGAAACUAGGUAUGAGAGGUUUCGAACCUCUUAUGCCAGCCGAUUGGAUUGAUGACUUCAAAUCUUUACCAUACGACCUCUUCACGAAUAAUCUUGACAAAGCUUUCAUAAAGCCUGCUCUGGACCGCUCGGGAGCGAGCGCUGAUUUCCAUGCUUUCAGGGCACUCGAGGAGCUUUUCCAGCUGGGAGGACGCGCACGUGACGCUAUUCACCAGAAAGCGGAGCUGCGCACUCCCGAGAUCCUCAUUCGCCGAGCAAUUAGGAGUUACAAUAAGUGGGCCUUGAAAGAUGGCGGCGUCGACAACCUGUGGGGACAGCUUUCCCUCUUCGAAGUCGUCAGCGCCAGCACCACUACCUCGUCGGUCGAGAUCCAGUCCAAGAUGCGCAAUCGACUCGAGCUAUUAGCAAACCGUUGGCACGAAGCCUACCGCUUGGCUGGGCUUCACAAAGAUCCAGAAACCCCUAUCAAGUCCUCCUUGGACGAUUGCGCCCCUUUGCCGGACAUUCCUACGCUCUACGGAAUUAUUGCUUCUCACACCAUUAUGGCAUUUGUGAGCUACGAUGCCUCGGUCCCACAAUCUGGACUUCGCACUGUUGCGAUCUUUGAUUUUGGCCAGGAAGGUUACGACGUUUGGAAUGCUUUGGCCAUUGCGAUCUUUCUAAUCCACUGCCGCAACCGCCUGAUGGAUCUCAAAGACUACCUUCCCCACCCGGACGAACUCUCGAGCGAGAGUGACCCAGACGCGUAAACAUGCUUUAUGCGAUGAUCCGAAAUUUUUCUUUUGUUUAAGGACGACGACAACUCAUGAAAUGCACAGAUGAGUGCAGGUACGAAAUGCGAUGAAUGAUUAUGCGAUGGAAGAUUAGCGCCCUCGGAGGAUUUUAUGCUUUGCGUUAUACCCCUAUACCCCACACCUAUUCCCCAAUGACGUUUUAGUAACGAGACUGCCCGACGUUCCCAUGACGGAAAUCCCCCUUCUGACGUCCUUUUCUUGAAAUUUGCGGUCUUGCUCUAUGGACCAGGCGAAGUUUCAAAUGAAAUCCGGAACACAGUAAAUAGUAAACUGAAAAAACCAAACAUAAAUACACUUUGCAGAAUUAUAUUGCAC